UUCAGAGAGUAAAAACUACAUAAGACUACAACUACUUACUGUACUGUCAACUGUUAAAAACAGUAGUAAUUUUUUUGUGUUUUUCAUGGUGGUAUUGCAGUAUGGUUACUCUUGUUUUUAUUGGAGGCGAACAGUAAAAGAGUGUUUACUAACCUAUCGCUAGUGAACAUACUUUGGCUGACUCGUCAGCCAGUUGAUCUCGGACCAAAACAAACUCAAAGGAGGAAAAAAAGCAUUUGACUGAGGCGUCUGACUUCCACACUGCUGUUUUCCAAAUGUCGCGGCGAUUAAACAAGAGGUGCGAGGAGGAGUAAUUUAUCAUGCGGCUUGGAGACGCAGCUGGGCUUGUAGUGGUAGCCGCUAGCUAGAAUGCUAAUGUUCCGUAGCUAACGGUAACGUUAUGCCAGAUGACCCAACAGCAGUAGUAGUAGUUGGGAAUAGAAGCUGCUGCUGCUCCUAUUUUAUUUGCCUGAACUCUCACCCAGCAUUAUAAACGGGCCUGCCAUCUAGUUAGUUUUGUAGUUAGGCACCACGAAAACAGAGAAAACUAAUUUUCAGCGUUGCCUUUUACUGCCUAAAUUAAAAACUGAAGUAUGGGGAUGUGCUUACCGUGCCUUGGUGGAGCAGCGGACGACGUUGUGGUCACUCCAGAUCCUGAGACCCGGAGACAACAGUUAGCUGAAGCCGCCGAAAAGAGACAAAAAGAGACGGCGUACAGGGGUGUUAAAAAUCCAGAAGCAGUCGAAAGGAAAAGGAAAAAACAGGAAGAAGCUGAGAAACAAGCGAUGAGCACCUCUGUGUCAGGUGGUGGUGGCGGGCUGAAGUGGCAGGUGGGCUGAAAAUCCUGGUGGUAAAGUCUGAACUCGGAUGUCUAAAUAUAUAACGUAUUGCUGCAAGAUGACUUGAAAGAUGUUGGAACUGCUGUCCGUUUUUACUUUUUCUUUCGUUUUCUUUUUUUUCUUUUCUUUGCUUGUUAUGUAUCUGUGUCAUGUUAUGAGUCUACAGCUGUCAGGUGCAAAACAGUUAAGUUAUUCCACACAAAACACAGCAGAAUUUGCCAAGUUAUACAAACCAGUUUGUACCUUUGGUUGAGUCAGGGGUGACACAGUAAUGUGCAAGCAAACACAAUUAUGUGAGAUUUGUGUGAAGAUUGAUUAGAUACAGUGUUGCAGUACAGUGACUCCCAUUAGGUAACAUGGAAGAACAUCGCUAUAAUAUGCAGUUGUACAUUAAUACAGAGCUUCCUUCACUGUGUUUGGUUUUCCUAGUCAGAGUAUUCUACAUAUAUCCAUUAACAGUUGGAUAUACCUUUUUAGCAUGAACUCACUUUGUGAUGGGCUCUGUUAUUUGGCAACUCAAAGACUAGUGCAAACAGUGCAAACUUGACUAUCUUUACCCAACUCAUAAUGGGCUCCUUGCUCAUCACCGAGGCGAGUCAGUGACACAGACCACAUUGGGGUCAUUAUUUUGUGUGUUUGUAUUGGGGGG